AUAGGUAAUAGGAUGCGUUUUUGGACGCUAUCCUAUGUAUAUCAUGAGUAGGCAGGCCUACUCUAGAGAACUGUAAAACGCCCCUCCCUAUUCUAUGUGGGAGAUAGCCUAUUUUAGUCCGGGGUUCGCUUCUCCCCUCGCAUACCAACCUUUCUUAUUAUACCUCCGUGAUACAACAGAGGUAGAGGCAGCGGGGUGGUUAGAAAACUGCAUGUCCCAGAGAUCGCGGCGGCAACCGAACAUGAAUCUAGGCAAGGGGAUCAUGGCAGCGCCGUCAAGCCCGUCAUGUACAGCUCUGGAGCGGUCAAUCCGGGAGCGGGUCCCGACGCUUCUCACGGACCUCUACCAGUUCACCAUGGCAUAUGCCUACUGGCGUUCGGGCAGGCACAACGAGCCCGCCGUUUUCGAACUGUUCUUCCGCGACAACCCGUUCGGCGGCGGCUUCUCGCUGUUCUCCGGAAUGCACGACUGCCUCCUGUUUCUACGGAGCUUUCGAUUCACUGACGAAGAUGUGGAGUACCUGCGUUCCGUGCUGCCCCCAGCCACUGACCCCGCCUUCUUCCUGUUUCUACGGGAACUGGACUGUUCCGGUGUCACACUCCACUCUGUCCCCGAGGGAACGGUGGUCUUUGCCAGGGUGCCUCUGAUGGAGGUGUCUGGUCCUCUGGCUGUGGUUCAACUACUGGAGACCAGCCUGUUGUGUCUGGUCAACUACGCCAGUCUGGUAUGCAGUAACGCGGCCCGGUUCCGUCUGGCAGCUGGUUCCAGGAGGAAGCUGUUAGAGAUGGGCCUGAGGAGAGCACAGGGGCCUGACGGGGGCCUCACAGCCUCAAGAUACACAUACGUCGGAGGGUUUGAUAUGACCAGUAACGUCCAGGCUGGCUUCCUGUUUGGAAUCCCCGUGGCGGGAACCAUGGCACACUCUUAUGUCACUUCCUUUUCCUCCCUGGAGGAGGUGUGGCCUCAGACCCUAGUGGCAGCAAACGGGGAUCAUGACAACAUCGAUCUGAUCUCGCUGACCAAGGGUUGGCUGGGGCGUGUGUGUGAGCUGCUGGGGGCGGAAUCUGGGAAGAUCCAUGAGGGUGAGCUGGCAGCCUUCUUGUCCUAUGCCAUCGCAUACCCACACAACUUCCUGCCAGUCAUCGACAGCUACAGUGUCACCUGUAGUGGCCUGCUCAACUUCUGUGCCGUGGCCCUGUCUCUGUUUGAGCUGGACUACAGUCCACUGGGCGUGCGUCUAGACAGUGGAGACCUCUGCAGGCAGUCAGUAGAAGUACGCCAUGUCUUCAGAUUCUGCAGUGAACAAUUCUCCAUCCCUGCCUUCCAGUCCCUUCUCAUAGUAGGCACCAAUAACAUCUCAGAGUACAGCAUGGCCGAACUCAACAAGAAGGAGAAUGAGAUUGAUGUGGUUGGUGUUGGAACUCAUCUGGUCACCUGCACGAGACAGCCUUCACUCGGGUGUGUGUACAAGUUGGUGGAGGUUCGGGGCAGCCCCAGGAUGAAGUUCAGUGAGGACCCAGAGAAGAGUACUGUUCCUGGGAGGAAGGCUGUCUAUAGGAUGCUGGACACGGAGGGCCACCCAUUCUUGGAUCUGUUGUGUUUGUGUGAGGAGCCUGCACCUAAGGCAUGUGUGGCAGUGAGGUGUCAUCCUGUGGUUGGUAACAAGACCUGUCAGUCAAUCACACCUUCUCAGGUCAGCUGUCUACGCCUGGAGGUCUACACUAAAGGACAGAUCACACAGCCACUAUGCAGCACAGCUGAGACCAGGGAGAAGGUUCAGAGCUCCAUCCAGACCCUGCACCCCCGACACAAGAGACUGCAGGAGCCAGAUUCUUACAUAGUGGCCGUGUCUGAGAAGCUCCAUAAUUUAAUUGCUGAGAUCAGAAAAGGCAGCAGCAACAACAGCAAUUUUCUAUUGGCCAACUGAGACACACAGGCUUCAGUCCCAAAUAGCACCCUAUUCCUUAUUUAGUGCACUUCUUUUGACCAGGGCUCUGGUCAAAUGUAAUGCACUAUGUAUGUCAAAAGUAACACACUUAAUAGUGGUAUUAGGUUAUGGUUUAGGACCUAGGGUAGAUUGUGUUACUCUCAGAUAAUAUAAAUGGUAUACUGACACACGGACUGAUAGACUGAGACACAUGGACUGAUGGACUGACACAAAGACUGAGACACGGACUGAUAGACUGAGACACAUGGACUGAUGGACUGACACAAAGACUGAGACACGGACUGAUAGACUGAGACACAUGGACUGAUGGACUGACACACGGACUGAUAGACUGAGACACAUGGACUGACACAAAGACUGACACACGGACUGAUAGACUGAGACACAUGGACUGAUGGACUGACACAAAGACUGACACACGGACUAUGUCAAACCUCAACCAAAAGCAGUUCAUUUUGGAAUCCAGUUGACUGACAGCUAUGAGUGGUGGUGUAGUGUUCUAGUUUUAUUCUGGUUCAAGAGCUUGACAUGUCUUCCUGAAAACCCAGUGAUCUGCACAAACAAGCAAUGUCUGUUAAUAUAGCAGUGUUGGAAUGGGCCUUAACCUGGUUCUACAAUUAGAUCAAUUAACAUUGAGAAUGGUUGCAUACAUGUCUCUACUAUGAGCAAUAUUAAUUAAUAAGCAAUUUUAAGUUUAGAAAGAUUGAAUGUCUCUUUGUAUGUCCCAGCCUUGUCUUGCUAAUUUAGUUUUUGUGCUUUUCUUUGGAUUACGUUUCCUGAACCAGGCUAUUAUUUACUGUUUGUUUUAAUUAGCAUGGACAUGUUGUAUGAACCAAGCCUUCAAUAUCAUGAUCAAUCUGUACCUGCCUUAACACAUAGUCAAUAUCAUGAUCAAUCUGUACCUGCCUUAACACAUAGUCAAUAUCAUGAUCAAUCUGUACCUGCCUUAACACAUAGUCAAUAUCAUGAUCAAUCUGUACCUGCCUUAACACAUAGUCAAUAUCAUGAUCAAUCUGUACCUGCCUUAACACAUAGUCAAUAUCAUGAUCAAUCUGUACCUGCCUUAACACAUAGUCAAUAUCAUGAUCAAUCUGUACCUGCCUUAACACAUAGUCAAUAUCAUGAUCAAUCUGUACCUGCCUUAACACAUAGUCAAUAUCAUGAUCAAUCUGUACCUGCCUUAACACAUAGUCAAUAUCAUGAUCAAUCUGUACCUGCCUUAACACAUAGUCAAUAUCAUGAUCAAUCUGUACCUGCCUUAACACAUAGUCAAUAUCAUGAUCAAUCUGUACCUGCCUUAACACAUAGUCAAUAUCAUGGUCAAUCUGUACCUGCCUUAAAUUCCCAGGGCGGUCAAUAUAUAUAUAUAUAUAUAUUUCAACACUAUGGGAUUGGAAUAAUAUUGUGAAAAUUAUGAUAAUGCUGUUUUAGUGUAAUGAAAUGUCAGCCGGUUUUAGUGUAAGAGCUGUCUGAAAUGUCAGCCGGUUUUAGUGUAAGAGCUGUCUGAAAUGUCGGCCGGUUUUAGUGUAAGAGCUGUCUGAAAUGUCGGCCGGUUUUAGUGUAAGAGCUGUCUGAAAUGUCGGCCCGGUUUUAGUGUAAGAGCUGUCUGAAAUGCCAGCCUGUUUUAGUGGGAUGGAGUUUUGGCCUGCCUGGUGACAACACCAGGCAGUAUAAGUUAAUAGACCAAUAACAAAGAGCGUUUCAAACCUCUCUGCCAAUAACAGCUAGUCUUCAGGUUACAUAUCCCACCCAUUAGGCUCGUCCAAUUAGGCCCUCUACUUAGACCACUCACAGACAGUCCUAGCUAAAUUCUAGCUUUAACACAGCCAUAAAACCAUACAGUAUUGAGAAUCCAGGUAGAAUUUCACCACUACGUCCUUUUCAGAUCUGUUAAAAUUGUACACUAAUUAUGUUUCUAGAAUGACAAGACUAGUAAAACUGAUGUUGUACCGUCCAACCAGGCUGCUAUCUAAUGAACUAUUGUCAAAUACACACACUAGCCUACACAGUUCAGGCAAUCUGGACAAUGUUGUUCAAACAUUGCCAUGGUGUUUGGCUGCCAAUAUUAUGUCCUCUAAUAUAAACUGAUUAGGUGUGUUGUUUUAAGUAGAAGUAUUAGUCUACUAAAUAUAGGGACACGUAUGUGAUAUCUGUGCAAAAUGUGAAUGUGUGUUUGUAUGACAACAUUGUAAUGCUAAGAUGCGUUGUUUUCAAUGGGUGUUUUAUUAAAUAAAAUUUGACAAUGUAUAUGUUGUUGUAGACUAACUAGAGGUCCAAGAACAGAUUGCCUGAAAAGAGACAGCCAUGAGUGAGUGCAAGAAUUUAGUUUGUUGUUACAUUAUUGUAUACUGAACAAAAUUAUGAACACAACAUGUAAAGAGUUGGUCCCAUGUUUGAUGAGCUGAAAUUAAAGAUACGAGACAUUUUAAAUUUGUACAAAAAUAAUAUUUCUCUCAAUUUGUGCACAAAUUUUGAGAGAAAUAUGCUUUUUGUACAAAUUUGUUUACAUCCCUGUUAGUGAGCGUUUCUCCUUUACCUGACAGGUGUGGCUUAUCAAGAAGCAUAAACAUUAUACAGGUGCACCUUGUGCUUGGGACAAAAAAAUGUAAUGUGCAGUUUUGUCACAACACAAUGCCACAGAUGUCUUAAGUUUUGAGGGAGCGUGCAAUUGGCAUGCUGACUGCAGGAAUGUCCUCCAGAGCUUUUGCCAGAGAAUUUAAUGUUCAUUUCUCUACCAUAAGCCACCUCCAACAUUGUUUUAGAGAAUUUGGCAGUAUGUCAAAUCAGUCUCACAAUCGCAGACCUCGUGUAACCACGCCAGCCCAGGACCUCCACAUCCGGCUUCUUCACCUGCACGUUCACCUUAGACCAGCCACCCGGACAGCUGAUGAAACUGAGGAGUAUUUCUGUCUGUCAUAAAGCCCUUUUGUGGGAAAAACAAAUUCUGAUUGUUUGGGCCUGUUCCCUAGUGGGUGGGCUUGGCUCCCAAAUGGGUGGCCUAUGCCCUCCCAGGCCUACUCAAGACUGCACCCCUGCCCAGUUAUGAAAUCCAUUCAUUUGGGCAUAAUGAAUUUUUUUAAAUGGACUGAUUUCCUUAUAUAAACUGUAACUCAAUAAAAUCUUUGAAAUUGUU